CGGGAUUGGCCACUGCCAAAGUACGACUGCUCCAACAAGCACGCACGUCAGCCGCUGCGUAUCGAUGAAGGCCGUGAUUCUGGCCGCCGGCUACGGGACCAGGCUCCAGCGGGACGUGUCGGCCGACCGCAGCGGGCGUUUCGCUCACCUGGUCGGCGUCGCCAAGCCGCUGCUGCCCGUAGGCGACCGCGCGCUCCUCAGCCACUGGAUCGGAGCACUGAGCGCCUCCGACGGGCUGGACGCCAUCUACGUCGUGAGCAACGCUCUUUACCUGUCAGCAUUUGAAGAAUGGGCCGCACACUUGCCAAACGUCAAGAUCGUCUGCGACCAGACCACGAGCAAUGAUGGGCGCCUUGGUGCGGUGGCCUGCCUCCAGCUGGCAGUCAAGCACUUCCACAUCCAGGACCAUGUCAUGGUGAUUGGAGGCGACACACUCUUCAAAGAAGACUUCAGCCUUGCUCAGAUCCAGUCCAGGUUUUGUGAACUCCAAGCGGAAUGCGAGGAUAACAAUGUGGCGCUGUCUUACGAGUGCAGAGACGACGAAACUCCCAAAUACGGAAUAGUGGAAGUUGAUCCUGAUCUUCGGGCCUUGUGUAUGAAGGAGAAGCCGCUGCCUUCAGAGACCACGUCGAGGAGAGCCUGUCCUUGUUUCUACGUGUUGUCUAAGAACAGCCUCCCUCUCUUGGACGCCUUCCUCCUGGAAAAGAAGGAUGCGGCCAUAGAGCAAAAAGACGCCCCUGGAAACUUUGUGGCUUGGCUCAUUCCGAGAAAGCCCGUGUACGUGCAGGAGAUUUGCGGGCGUUUCGACGUGGGCAACUUGCAAUCGUACGUCGAGUGCGACGGCUAUUUCAAAGAGCGCCUCGGUGGCACGCGGGCGUACAUGAAGUAGACCAAGCGGCGGAUCUUUCCACAUUUUAUUGACUCCCUUGACGUACAGACGCGACUCAAAGGGCCACUCCUCCAGCGGGCCCGUCCAGCAGCCUCCCGCAGCGCUCCGACGCCUUCUCGCGGCCGUUCUCCAUUUUGGCGAUGCGCGAGCCAAACUGCAUGGCCCUCUUGGGAAGGACGGCGGCGGGCCCGAGGCCCAGCCGGCGGGCGGCCAGCCUCAGCAGCAGUUUCUCGCCGACGCCCCUCGGGAGCGACAGGUCGGCCUUGUCGCACAUGGCCAGAGAGUUGAGGUAGCUCACCACGCUCUCGUCCAAGUAGGGAAACCUGAGGAAGGGUCGAGACGGACUUUUUCAUCCCGGCCAUUUGCAUACACACGGUGCCGCUUUCAAUAGUUCUCCACCCUCUGAGUGGCGCCAUCAUGACUAACAAACAAUAAAGGUCCCUUACCUAGCCUC